UCCAUUUUUUGCAGGUCAUUUCGAAUGGGAAGUAUCUUGAUUUAUGUCUUCGCAUGCUUGUCAGCAAUUUCACCCCUCCGCCUCAUUUCUUGGAUAAACUAAAACUGCCACGCAGUCUUGAGAGGAAGGGCCAAGUUCUUUCUCGGGUACACUUGGCUUUCAAAAAGAUACUUGAUUAUGUCCCUCUUUCUCCCUUGAGAUUAUUGACCUUAGUUCUGCAAGGAAUGCCAACAAUUUAUCACAAGGACCGAGCGAUUGUGAUAUAUGUGGAGAACAUGUUAAAAUUAGAGAGUGGUGAAAUUGGAGAACUCGUUGGAAGCACAAUGCUUAUGGUUGUGGUGGACCGACUGAUAGAACUAGAUGUGGAGAUCGGAUGGGAUGCCAUUUUGCAAGAUGAUUUCAGCAAAGACAUAUUUGAGAUGGAGCUUGAAGAUAUGGAUGACAUUGAGGAAAAUGAUGAGCCUGAUGUUGGAUAG